CUUCUUCUACUUGAGAAAGAAAACAGAGCAUUCACUGAAAUUUCUAAUCCAAAUAUAAUUUGUGUGGGUUUCUUUACAGAAAAAAGAUGGGAGAAGUAGUUGUGAUAGAGAAAGAAGAGAGUAAAAUCAACAAGGAUGUUGUGGAGUUAAUAUGUUCUGUUAAGAACUAUGAUUGGGGAAGAAUUGGUGAAAAUUCACAAGUUGCUAGAUUGUAUUCACUGAAUUCUGGUUUAGAAAAAAUUGAUGGAAACAUACCCUACGCAGAGUUUUGGAUGGGUACUCAUGAUUCUGGCCCUUCUUUUGUUCGUAGUAAUACUGAAAGUGAUGAUGAAAAAGUGGGUUUAAGUUCGGAGACUUCGAAUAAUAGUAAGACCUUGAAAUCAUGGAUUUCUGAAAACCCUCACGUUCUCGGUGAUAAAGUUGUCCAAAAGUGGGGAGCUGAUCUUCCUUUCUUGUUUAAGGUGCUAUCAGUAUCAAAAGCAUUGUCAAUACAAGCACACCCAGACAAAGAAUUGGCCAAGGUACUGCAUGAAUCAAAUCCAAGUGAUUACAGAGAUGAUAAUCAUAAACCAGAGAUGGCAUUAGCUAUUACUCCUUUUGAAGCUUUAUGUGGCUUUAUCACUCUUCAAGAACUUAAGGAUGUUCUUCUAAGUGUUCCUGAGAUUAUUGAACUGGUAGGUAGUGUUGCUGCGGAACUACUGUUGGCUGCGAAGGAAGAAGAUGGGGAGGAGAAAACAAAACCACUUCUGAGAUCUAUCUUUACUAUACUCAUGUCAGCUAGUAAAGAUUUAGUUUCAGAAAUGGUAUCUAAAAUGAAGGAUCGUGUCACUGUGGAAUCUAAGGUGAAACAACUGACGGAGAAGGAACAACUAGUUUUACGACUUGAAAAACAAUAUCCAGCUGAUGUUGGUGUUAUUUCAGCCUUCUUUCUGAAUUACGUUAAGCUCAACCCUGGCGAAGCAUUAUAUCUAGAUGCAAAUGAACCACAUGCAUAUAUUUUUGGUGAAUGUGUUGAAUGCAUGGCUACUUCAGAUAAUGUUGUUCGCGCGGGUCUUACCCCAAAAUAUCGAGAUGUGAAAACACUUUGCUCCAUGCUCACUUACAAGCAGGGCCUUCCGGAAAUUCUACGUGGGGUUCCUUUGAAUCAAUAUACCAAGAGAUACACACCGCCGUUCGAUGAAUUCGAGGUUGAUUUUUGCCUUCUUCCUGAAGGAGAAUCAGUAAUGUUUCCCGAGGUUGAAGGACCAUCUAUAUUCUUAUUCACAACUGGAGACGGGACUCUGCAUACAUUUAGCUUGACGUCAGCUGCUGAGGAUGUGAUUAGAGAUGGUUUAGUUCUUUUUGUUCCUUCUGGUACAAAGAUUGUUAUUUCUGCAUUGUCCGCAACAGGUUUACAAUUAUAUAGAGCUGGAGUAAACAAGAGGUUCUUCCUUUCUAAUGGAUGCCCUUGAUUAGCACAGUUAUGGUCUUGUGUGGGUUCCUUCUGAUGAUCUAUGAAGGUAAAAGAAGAGUUGUAAACUCCAAUUUAUUUUUAAGAGCUCUAGUAAUGCUAUACUAGAAGUUGGUAGUGAAACUAUUAUAUAUAUAUAUAUAUAUAUAUAUCGGUUGUGCUUGGAAAAUACACAGGACGAAGCGUUUUUUAGUGAUAGUGAUCCCGUUGUUUAUGACAAUGGUCGUGUUUCCCUCAGAGAGGGGUUUACAGGAAGAUGUCAGAAGAGGAGC